AUGGGAUUGAGGUGUAUCCAAAUUAAUCUGCAGCAUGCGAAGGCUGCCUCGGCAGUACUAAGCCACAGAUUCAAUAAGGAACACCUUGAUAUAGCCUUUAUCCAGGAACCUUACAUAGUGAAAGACCAGAUAAAAGGCCUAUCAGGUGAGCUAAUUUAUGAUUCUAGUAGUGAAGGUAGACCUAGAGCUUGCAUUAUGAUAAAUAAAUCUAUAAUAACCAUUCCUAUUCCACAGUACACCAACAAGGACAUGGUAGCAGCUAUCAUCCAGCUGCAAACCUCGGAGGGUAGGUCAGAAGCUGUCAUCUGCUCAGCCUACCUGGCAGGGGAUUCUGCCGACCUAAGCUUCACACCACUGCAGGAUCUUAUAGACUACUGUGGCAGAACAGGCCGGCAAAUCAUCAUUAGUUGUGAUGCUAACGCCCACCACACUGUAUGGGGCAGCUCCAACAUAAACAAAAGGGGUGAGUACCUUCUAGAAUUCAUUUUUAAAAAUAAUCUUGAAAUCUUAAACUAUGGGAAUAGCCCUACUUUCAUGAACAGAAUCAGGGAAGAAGUCCUUGAUCUCACCCUAUCCACUUCAUUCAUAGGUAAUGCUAUACAAAACUGGCAUGUUUCGACUGAAACAUCAAUGUCAGAUCACCGGCAAAUUUGCUUUGAUAAAUGUAUAGAAUCAAAACUCCCCUUAACGUACAGACAACCGAGAGCGACAAACUGGGACGACUACUGCCUAGAAAUCUCGCAAAUGAUCAGAAACUGUCCAAACAGCAUCAGAGAUAUUGACAGCCUCGAAAUAAGCUGCAACAGUCUUAAUGCAACAAUCACCACUGGCUACCAUAACGCAUGCCCAGAGAAAACGAAAUCAGGCACCAUGGUGGAAUGCCAAGCUCUCAAAGCUAAGAACGCUGACCAGAAAACUAUUCAACAAAGCCAAGCGCAAUGGAGACUGGACCUCAUACCGCACUUCUCUAACCAACUACAAUACAGAGAUUAG